AUGGGCAAAAGCGGAAAGAAACCGAGGGAAUCGCACCGGCAGGGCCGCGGCCGCCGGGCGUCGCACUUCGGCGACGAGGACGGCGACGACUUACCUUCGUCAGCCUACGACGCGCCACCGCGCCAAAACGAGGACUCCUCUGACGACAACGACGACACCAGCGAAGCAACAGCGGAGGACGAACCAGAGAGGGAUGCGGAAGCAGGCGAGCAGGACCAAUGGCGAGCCGGAUCAAUGCCUUCCAAGUUUCACCUAUACCAGCUCUCCGUGCAGUCGCCAAAGGGGGACAUCAGCUACCUGCAAAAGUUCUUCCUGAUGUACGUCGGCGGGCGCGUUCCUCUCCACCUGCAGGAGGAUUUCUGUGGCACGGCCCUUCUCAGCACCGAGUGGAUCCAUACUGAUGCAAGAAGAACAGCAAUCGGCUUAGAUUUGGACCUUGAGUCACUUGAGUGGUGCCUUGAAAACAACCUAAGCAAGAUUGGAGCUGAUGGAUAUUCAAGAAUGUUGCUUUUCCAUGGAAAUGUUCUACAACCCAAGGAUGCCCGUCUUGUCAAGCAGAAGUUUAGUGAUCUUGUGCAUGGUCUCCAUGUGAACAGCGACAAUGGCUCAGGAAGUAACAGUUGCGAGCAGACGGGUCUUGCUGACUCGAAGUGCUUAGCCAAUUCGACCAUGUCAGAGGCAACUUUUCCUGGAAGGGAUAUUAUCUGUGCAUUCAACUACAGCUGUUGUUGCCUGCAUAGUCGAAAGGACUUGGUUUUGUAUUUCCGGCAUGUAUGCAGUGCGCUCUCGAAAAGAGGUGGUAUAUUUGUAAUGGAUGUAUAUGGUGGCACAUCAUCUGAACGUAAGUUACGUCUCCAGCGGAAAUUCCCCAGCUUCACGUAUUUCUGGGAGCAAGAUGAGUUUGAUAUCAUCAGUCGCCAAACAAGGAUCAGUCUCCACUUUCAAGCUGGAAAAAAACAAAUGCUGAGGCAUGCUUUCACAUACCAUUGGCGCCUAUGGUCGAUACCAGAGAUCAAGGACUGCUUGGAGGAGGCUGGAUUCAAGUCGGUCCACGUUUGGAUCAGGGAGAUGCCAAAUACCCAGUCAAGUGGAAACGCCAAGGAAUAUAAUGCCAACCGAGACGUGAAGUACGAAGAUUCGCAGCGUUUCAAUCAAGGAGAUGCUUGGAACGCCUACGUCGUUGGAGUAGCAAAUAUCUAG